AUGCGCGGUAUCACUUUGCUUUCCGCUGUCAGUCCUGUGCUGGCACUCACACCCGGGGACACCUUUUACCCGCCAAAUCUCAAUGACACGGCCUACAUCAGCAACAGCACCAUUGGGACAUAUGGCGGUAUUUACAAAGCCCCAACAAAUGGACCGACCGCUGGAGAUCCCUAUGGGACCUAUGAUUACUGCUUCAUGCCGCAUCCUCGCUCAGAGGAGUAUACCCUGCCCGAAGCUUUAAUCAAGGGAUCGGCCAAGGGAAAGCUUGUUUACUUGGAGUAUCUGCAGCGUCAUCAGAGACGUUCGCCGUACAACAUUCUACCUGGCGGAGAAAACCAAGCCUACGAAUGCGACAAUGUGCUCCCGUAUCUCUACGCAGGCCCCAACAGCGCAAGCGGCAUCCAGCCUGUGCCAAUGUAUGCGCAAACAUACCAAGACCCUUCUAACCCCUUCACGCCCGGAGUGAACGGAACAUGUCAGUACCCCCAGAUCACCAUCGGCGGUAUCCAAGACGGAUAUCAGCACGGCAAGGACCUGUGGGCCGUCUACGGCAAGAAACUCGGUCUGAUCCCCAAGGAGCCCAACGACCGGGUCUGGUUCCGAUCCAGUGACUCAGCUCUCACGCAGGCUUCGGCUGGUGCGGUGUUGCGUGGCGUGUGGCCCGAUUACAAGGGUGCACUGCCCCUGCAUCAAAUGGUAACUUCCGUUGACACUGUCAAUGAAGGGUAUUCCUGUUCUGCUGUUAGCUCCACGCUUUCUUCUCUGCAGUCCACAGCACUGUGGAAGGAGCAUUUGAGUGUCACCGCGGAGUUGCGCACGAAGCUUGGGUCAAUGCUCGGCGCGACAAGCAGUUCAUGGCAGAGUACCUUUGACCAUUUCUCGGAUAACUUCCAGGCUCGCCUUUGUAAUGGAUACGAGCUUCCCUGCAGUGUUUCGAACUCGUCUGCUUGUGUUACAAUGCAGAUGGCUCAGGAGGUCUUCCGUGCUGGGGACUGGGAGUGGAAUUACUAUUGGCGCACGAAUCCGGAUGUGGUCAAGUACAUCCAGGUUGUUGAGGGUCUGUUCAUUGGUGAGAUUGUUUCUCGUCUGCAGGCUGUGCAAGAUGGGAAAUCUUCCGUUGAUUAUAGUCAUAUCUUCGUUCAUGAUGGUGACAUUGGUCCCAUCCUGGGCUCUCUUGGGAUUGCCGCUCUACGCUGGCCGGCUAUGGCGUCGAACAUUGCGUUUGAAGUUUGGGAAACCGAUGGAAAGUCGCUCUACGCCCGGGUCUUGUACAGCGGUCAACCUGUCAGAAGCAUCCAUGGUGUUCUUGACUGGGUUCCUCUUUCAGAUCUCAUUGGCAUUCUGAAGCCAUAUGUUCCCGAGGAUAUCGUUUCUCUCUGUGGAUAA